AUGAUUGCUUGCCAAAAUAAACACAAUAUUUCUGAUGAUGCUCUCGAAGGCGAAGAUAAUCCAAUCUCUAUUCUUCUUCAAAAUGGUGCAGACCCAAAGAUUGUCGAUCAUAAAAAGAGAAGUGCUCUUCACUACAGUAUUAAUGCAAGUGGUGCCGAUACUAAUAGUUCAUUCGAAAUUGAAGAUCUUUUAAUCAAACAUAAUGCCCCAUUAAAUGAUCAAGAUUAUCUUGGCCGUACUCCACUUCAUUAUGCCUUUGUCAAAAUUGGUAGUAGAGAAAUUGAAAAUGGUAAUAGCUAUGAUCCAGUUCAAGUUGUUAGUUCGUUGGCUUCCUUUGAAACCAUCAACAUCGAUUUACCAGAUAAGUUUGGCAGAACUCCUUUGUUUUAUGCUUGUCAACAUGGUAGUACCGUUUCCUCUUUAUUGCUAAUUCAAAGAAAAGCAAAUAUCAAUAGAGUUGAUGAAGAUGACAAUCAAAUAACCCCAUUAAUUUAUGCUAUAAUCAUCAAUCACGCAUUUUUAGUUAAAACUCUUUUGAAUAAUUCAGCCGAUGUUAACUGUGCCGAUGGUUUAGGCCAACCACCAAUCUUUUAUGCUGUUAAGGCCAAUAAUAUCAAAAUUGUCGAAACCCUUCUCACCAAGAAACCAAAUCUUAACAUCAAAGAUUCUGAU